AUGCCUCUCGACAAUGUGACCGGGCUCGCCGGACAACUCCCCGUCAACCAAGUCGAAUCAGCAACACGAGGAGUAACCAACAAGGUGCCGACGAAACAGUUAAACCAAACCACGCAAGACCUGACCGACCCUGUGAUCCCUGGCGAGUUUCCUUCAGACGAUGCACCGCAAAAGGGGGAGGGAGUCGACAAUAACCUGUCGUUCUCGUCAAUAUGGUCUACAAUGACCAACUGGCUCUCUGCGCUUUUCCCUCAAGCCUUCGAUUACUUCGAAUCCCUCGUUCAAAAACUGGUUUCUUGGCUUCUUCCUCCGCCCCGUCAGGCAGCAAUGUAUGAGGCUGCAUUGAAGCGUCCCGCUGCCACAACCUUCCUCGUCUGUCAAGCGAUAUGCUGUGGUGUGCCUCUGUUGGUAUUUUUGGCCGGCGUCUUUGUGUUUGCCGCCGUCUCUAUAAUUCUUUGGUUUGUUCUAUCGCUCUUGAUUCUUGGUCCCGUCUUGCUAGUUACAAGCAUGAUGGGUGUGUCUCUAUGGGGCUGGGGCUGGGUCUUCUACGGCUUGGUCAAAUGGGUGGACCAGCGAUUCUUGGGGGGUAUAAUUACACGCUUUUGGCUCUCGCACACUCCAGCAGAACCAGAAGACGGAGAAGAUCAGUCUGAAGAACAGUCCGAGGAACAGAAGAAAGAGGACUAA